AGCGGGUUCCUGGAGGCUCUUGGAGCCGCGCGAGACAGCCGCAGGUGGGACAGUUAGCCGCCCGCAGCUGGCAGCGAGCGGAGCGGCCGGAAAGGAAGCGUGCCUGUGCACCAUGAUCCCCCUGGAGAAGCCCGGCAGCCGCGGCUCCCCCUCGGCCGCCGCCUCCGGCUCGGGCCGGGCGGGCAGGAGUCUGGGCGCGCCGCGCCGGCCGCCGCCCCCACCUCAGGCCCGGGGGCUGCUGACGGAGAUCCGCACGGCCGUGCGCACCGAGCCUUUCCAGGACGGCUACAGCCUGAGCCCGGGCCGAGAGCUGGGCAGGGGGAAAUUUGCAGUGGUGAGGAAAUGUAUAAAGAAAGAUUCUGGAAAAGAAUUCGCAGCAAAGUUCAUGAGAAAAAGAAGAAAAGGUCAAGAUUGUCGGAUGGAAAUAAUUCAUGAGAUCGCAGUUCUUGAACUAGCACAGGACAAUCCAUGGGUCAUUAAUUUACAUGAAGUCUAUGAAACUCCAUCAGAAAUGAUCUUAGUCCUGGAAUAUGCUGCUGGGGGUGAAAUCUUUGACCAGUGUGUUGCAGACAGAGAAGAAGCCUUUAAAGAAAAAGAUGUUCAAAGACUCAUGAGGCAGAUAUUAGAAGGUGUCCACUUUUUACAUGCUCAUGAUGUAGUUCAUCUUGAUUUGAAGCCUCAGAAUAUUCUACUGACAAGUGAAUCUCCACUGGGUGACAUUAAGAUAGUUGAUUUUGGUCUUUCAAGAAUAAUGAAGAACAGUGAAGAGCUCCGAGAAAUUAUGGGUACUCCUGAAUACGUGGCUCCCGAGAUUCUGAGUUAUGAUCCUAUCAGCAUGGCGACGGAUAUGUGGAGCAUUGGAGUGCUAACAUAUGUCAUGCUCACCGGAGUGUCACCUUUCUUAGGUGAUAAUAAACAAGAAACAUUCCUAAACAUCUCUCGGAUGAGUUUAAGUUAUUCUGAGGAAGAAUUUGAUGUUGUGUCUGAGUCAGCUAUUGACUUCAUCAAGACACUUUUAGUUAAGAAACCUGAAGAUCGAGCCACAGCCGAAGAAUGUCUAAAACAUCCGUGGUUGACAGAGAACAGUAUUCAGGAUCCUUCUUUCAAGGUGAAAGGGGCAUUAGAAGAAGCAAAUGCGCUCCAAGAAGGUGAUUCUGUGCCUGAAAUUAAUUCAGAUACUCAGAAACCAGAAACGGAGGAAUCAGUUGUAACAGAGGAGUUAAUUGUAUUUACUUCGUAUACUUUAGGACAAUGCAGACAGUCUGAAAAAGAGAAAAUGGAGCAAAAGGCCAUUUCCAAACGAUUUAAAUUUGAGGAACCUUUGCUACAAGAAAUUCCAGGAGAAUUUAUCUACUGAGCAGUACUUCCCUUUAGAACUUUAAGAUUUCUACAUUGAAAACAUUAUUAUUAUUUAUGGACUUCUGGCCAAAUGGUACAUGUACUGAAAGUGGAUAAACCAGGUAUCACUGAUAGAAACUAAAAUAACUUUGUCAAACUUGUGGAGUUAGAUAUAUCAAGACAGAUUUAUAAAGCUGCCAACCAGGAGUUUUAACGGGUAAAGUUUUAUCUGUGUCAAUGUUACUAUUUUAAAGAAGGGAGAUGUUUGAACCCCUUGUUUCUAAAUCUUGUUUCUCCAGAAUGAGAAUUUGUUAUGCAAAGAUACCUGUAUUUACUUUCUUUAAAAAUCCAAGUAAAAGUGCCAAAUUACCAUCUUUGUAAAUCUAUUUUGCAGGAUUCGUGUGUAUCUGUAUCUGCAUAUAUGUCCGUUGAUAUCUUUGCUAAAACUGAUACUUUUUCACUUUGGAUUUUUUGAGGGGAGUAAGCUUUUUAAUUAGGUAUCUUCCAAAUUUUGAGUCCUAGAAUAACAUCCACUAGAGUUGGAUAAUGUCUUAUUUUUAUAUUUUAUUACUGCUUUAUAUUGACUUGAUUUGGCUUCUGUUGUCUUUGUUUUUGCCUAAUGCUUGUAAUCUAUCAGUGAAAAGCCCUGGCUAAUUUUUUUUUUCUUCAGUGUCACUAAUAAGAGUGGUGUUGAUUUUUCACCUCAGACUAUUCUGGUUUUAAGGUCAAGGUUAACCCGUGCCGACUUCUCAGCCAUUUCCCUCACCACACCUUACUCGUCUGCUUGCUCUCAGGAGAUGGCACCCGUGCCACCUUCUCACAUGCUUGUCACCUAAUUUUGGUCACUUGCAAGUGUCAGUGUGAUCUGAUCAACACGGUGGUUGCUCUGGUCAGUGAAAA